AUGUCUAAGUCUAACAGCCUAUCAGCUGAAAAAGAUAAUGGAAAGCACCACCCCCACUCUUUGUCUGCUGUGGAUUUUCAUAGUACAUCUUUAGGAUCCGCCGCUAAUGCCAUGCGUAAUGAAUUAAAUAAAAUGGCUCUUACGAUUCAAGAUAUGAAGGCUCGUAAGGCUUUUCAAAAUGAAAUGGACAAAUUCUUCAUGUUAUUCACUCGAUAUUUGAGUGAAAAGUCUAAGGGGACAAAAUUGGAUUGGGAAAAGGUUAAAGAACCAAGUCCUGAACAAAUCAUUCCAUAUAAAAAAUUGCCAAAAUGUGAGAAUGCCGAAUUUCUUGACAAAUUGGCAGUCCUUAAACUAAAUGGUGGUCUGGGAACUACAAUGGGUUGUGUAGGUCCAAAAAGUGCCAUUGAAGUUAGAGAUGGAAUGACGUUCUUGGAUUUAAGUGUGAGACAAAUUGAGUAUCUCAAUAGUAAACAUAAUGUCAAUGUGCCUUUCAUACUUAUGAACUCGUUUAAUACUGAUGAAGAAACGAAGCGCAUCAUCCAAAAAUAUUCAAGUCAUAAAAUUGACAUCCUCACUUUCAAUCAAUCACGUUAUCCAAGAAUAAACAAGGAAUCUUUGUUACCUACGCCUCGUCUUCCCAAUGCUGAUAUAAGUCAAUGGUAUCCACCAGGUCACGGUGAUUUGUUUGAAUCCAUGUGUAACUCUGGAAUAUUGGAUCAAUUACUUUCCGAUGGAAAAGAAUAUAUUUUUGUUUCUAAUGUUGAUAAUUUAGGUGCUGUUGUUGAUUUAAAUAUACUUCAAUAUAUGGUCGAUACUGAUGCUGAAUUUCUCAUGGAAGUAACGGACAAGACUAAAGCUGAUAUAAAAGGUGGUACUCUUAUUGACUAUGAAGGCACUAUUAGAUUGCUUGAAGUUGCCCAAGUUCCUGCA